GUACUUUCCUCCAUAUAAACGUCAGGCCCCCGUGGAGAUCUCAGGUGGUGGCUUUCCUUGACAUUGUUCCUUCUAUUCACGUCCCAGAAUGCGCGUUACACUCAGCAUUGCGGGUGUCGCGUACGCCACUGCUGUUCUAGCAGCAUGUCCAUACAUGGGUGGUGAGAUGGAUAUUCGGGACGCUCCAGCAGACCACCAUCUACAAGCCCGAGAUAUUCCUACCGAUACAACAGAUUUUAUGGGCCAGUUCGAACUCAAUGAUACGGAUGUAUAUCUCACAAGCGAUGCUGGCGGGCCCAUCGAGGAUCAAGAAAGUUUGAGCGCCGGCGAAAGAGGACCGACUCUUUUGGAGGAUUUUAUAUUCCGCCAGAAAAUCCAGCAUUUCGAUCAUGAGAGGGUUCCAGAACGAGCGGUGCACGCCAGAGGAGCUGGUGCACAUGGGGUAUUUGAAUCCUACGGUGAUUACUCCAAUAUUACCGCCUCUUCGUUCCUCUCAGCCAAGGGAAAGAAGACGCCGGCUUUCGUUCGAUUUUCCACCGUUGCUGGAAGCAGAGGGAGCGCUGACACCGCGCGUGACGUCCAUGGCUUCGCGGUGAGACUGUACACCGACGAAGGCAACUUCGACAUCGUCGGAAACAACAUCCCCAUCUUCUUUAUCCAAGAUGCGAUCAAAUUCCCCGACCUCAUCCAUGCGGUCAAGCCCGAGCCUGACCGCGAGAUCCCCCAGGCGGCCACCGCGCACGACACCGCGUGGGAUUUCUUCAGCCAGCAGCCGAGCGCCAUGCACACGCUGUUCUGGGCCAUGUCCGGGCAUGGCAUCGUGAGAUCGUUCCGGCACAUGGACGGAUUCGGCGUACACACGUUCCGUUUCGUCACCGACGACGGCAAGACGAAGCUGGUCAAGUUCCACUGGAAGACCCUCCAGGGUAAAGCGAGUCUUUUGUGGGAGGAAGCGCAGGCGAUUGCGGGCAAGAACCCGGAUUACCAUCGCCAAGACCUGUGGGAGGCGAUCGAAGCGGAACGGUAUCCAGAAUGGGAGUUCGGUGUCCAAAUCAUGGAAGAAGAGGACGAGCUUCGAUUCGGCUUCGAUCUUUUGGAUUCCUCGAAGCUGGUUCCGGAAGACCUAGUUCCAGUGACCCCGCUAGGAAAAUUGACGUUGAACAAGAAUCCGACCAACUACUUCGCGGAAACCGAGCAGAUCAUGUUCCAACCUGGGCAUAUUGUCCGUGGUGUGGACUUUACCGACGAUCCGCUUCUGCAGGGACGAAUCUUCUCCUAUCUCGAUACGCAGCUCAACCGACACGGUGGUCCGAACUUCGAGCAGCUCCCGAUCAACCGACCACGAGUCCCGAUUCAUAAUAACAACAGGGACGGUCAAGCACAAAUGUUCCUCCCUCUGAACACCGCCGCCUACAGUCCCAACACGCUCAACGGCGGCUCCCCGAAGCAAGCCAACCAACAGCAAGGCCGCGGAUUCUUCACCGCCCCUGGCCGCACCACCACCGGCCGCCUCGUCCGCUCCGUCUCUUCCACCUUCGCCGACGUCUGGUCCCAGCCGCGCCUCUUCUUCAACUCGCUCGUCCCCGCGGAGCAGCAAUUCCUCAUCAACGGCAUCCGAUUCGAGACCAGUAUGCUCAAGAGCCAGAUCGUCAAGGAAAACGUCCUGAUCCAGCUGAACCGCGCCAGCCACGAAGUUGCCCAGCGCGUCGCCAAGGCCCUCGGAAUGGAGGCGCCCGCCCCCGAUCCGACCUACUACCACGACAACAAGACGACCGACAUCGGGACGGUCGGCACCCCCCUGCGCAAGCUCGACGGCCUGAAAGUCGGCGUCCUCACCAGCACCUCGAGUGUCGGCUCCGACCCAGAUUUCAGCACCAGCUUCGCCUCCUCCGGCGUGGACGUCGUGGUCGUCGCGGAGUCGCUUCAGGCCGGCGUCGACGUGACCUACUCCGGGGCGGACGCGACGGCGUUCGACGGCGUCAUCGUCACCGAAGGCGCGGCGAAGGUGUUCUCCAACUCAACCGGGUCGACGCUCUUCCCGGCCGGUCGGCCGGUGCAGAUCGUCGUUGAUGCGUAUCGGUACGGAAAGCCGGUGGCGCUGCUUGGUCGGACGAGUAGUGUGGGGAAGGCGGCGGGGAUCGUAAGCGGGCCGGGGGUGUAUACUGCGGCUGGGAACAUUACGGAGGCGUUCAAGGAGGGGUUGCGGACGUUUAAGUUCUUGGAUCGGUUUGCGAUUGAUCAGUAGAGGGGGUUGUGGUUAGAAGGGUUCUUUGAAAUGGAAACGUGGAGUUCUGAUUACGCUUUGACAAGCCUUCGGUGGCACAAGAUUAUUAUCGACGAGUGACCACCCAAUUGAGAUUCUUAUCAAACGGGAAUAGUCCACUUCGUGGCUAGGUACCUAAUCUUCUGUGGUAAGGGUUCUCAAACUGUGUCACGUAAGCAACUGAGCACCGGACCUAACCCCACACCUGCCUUGCCAUUCAAAGUGCUCUUCGUAUUCAUCCACAUUUG